AUGACAGACAUUCCUUUUAUUCCUGAAGAUCUGAUAUUGGAUAUUAUUUUAAGGCUUCCGAUUCAACAUGUUCUAGUAUGUAGAUCGGUCUGCAAAAAAUGGAAUUUAAUGCUACGAAGUCAUAAUUUUAUUUCUUUGUAUGAUAACUACCGGGCACGUAGAAAAGAAAACGAUAAGGAAAGCGGGGCAUCUUUCAUCCUUCUUCGAUUCGAUAUAAAUUUUUUCAAGGGCAUCUACAUUAGUCAAUUCCCUAAUAUCUUGAUUUCAUUUCUUACUGUAAAGAAAAAGUGCAACGAACUAAUAGCAAUUGUUGAUGGAGAGAAGAAAGCUGACGUUCCCUUCUAUCCACCCAUGAUUACAGACAUGGGAGAAUAUAAUUUCAUAAAUUCAUUAAGGUUCGAAAAUGUUUACUACGGAAUUAUAUGUAUGUCGAAUGAGAUGGACAUACUUUUGUUUAACCCCUCCACUAGAGAAUCUCAAAUGUUACCUUUCUCACCCUUUUCAUACCCAUAUGCUGACUUUACCAAUUCUUAUGUUUUGGGUGUUUGGUUUGAUCCUCAAUAUCAGUCCAAUUUAAAUCAACCUCCUCUAAGAGCCCUAAAACAUUACAAAGUUUUUAGGGAGGUUACUCUCUUUAUUGGACAAAUUAAUUAUCAUCAUCGCCGAUUUGAAGAAAUUAAUAUAGUGUUUGAGAUAUAUGAUUCUAGGGAGAAUUGUUGGAGGAAAAGUGAGACAGUGUGUAAAGAUACUACUAGUUGGUACAACUUGUUAUUGAAUGGAGUUUUUCACUUAUCUAUUCAAGGAGAUUCUAUUAUCACAAUUGAUGCAAGAUCAGAAAUGUUGGGACGCCUUCCAUUGCCAUUUGAACUUAAUCAUCCGUUUAUUGCACCAUUGGAUAUCCUUAGGGGAUCUCUAGCCUUGUUCGUAAAUAAUUACGAAAACCAUAUGCCAACCUAUGUUACCGAUAUAUGGUUGAUGAAUGAAUAUGGGGUCAAGCAAUCAUGGACAAAACACUACACUAUCGAAUUUGAUGUUUCCUUUAAGCCAGAUCAGUAUAGGCCGAUAACGUUUUGGAAAUACAUGGACAAAGAAGAGGAGGAUGACGAGUUAUUCCUUCAAAAUAAUGAUGGAAAACUUGUCUCGAUUAACCUUGUUACUAAGAAAAUUACAAAUUUUGAAUUGUAUGGUAUUCAUAGUUCAAUGAUGAUUGUACCAUAUAUUGAGACCUUACUUCCUCUCAAGUGA